AUGGCUACCGCGGUAGACCAGAAACUGCUUCGGCAGACCAAGUUUCCUCCUGAGUUCAACCAGAAGGUUGACAUGAAGAAGGUCAACGUUGAGGUUAUGAAAAAGUGGAUAGCAGGCAAGAUCUCUGAGAUACUCAAGGCUGAGGAUGACGUGGUAAUCGAGCUAUGCUUCAACCUGCUCGAGGGUUCGCGCUUUCCCGAUAUCAAAGCACUUCAGAUUUCGCUCACCGGCUUUCUUGAUAAGGACACUGCUAGAUUCUGCAAAGAACUCUGGAAUCUAUGUUUGAGCGCGCAAUCGAGCCCACAGGGUGUCCCCAAAGAACUUCUCGAGGCCAAAAAGCUGGAGCUUCUUCAGGAGAAGAUCGACGCUGAAAAGGCGGCAGAAGUAGCCAAGAAUCGCAAAGACCAAGAACAAUCUCGGGAACAGGACCUUGAUGCAGGGUGGCGGCCGUGGAAGAUCCCCAACAAGAUCAGCAUCUCGCUCGCCGCCCCGGUCGCCAUCCCCACGUCGCUCACGUCGAGCUGCGUCUUCCUCCAGAUCAAUAUCGGGGUCACGCCGUUUUUCGCGAAGUCCGUCCCCGCCACGUCGAAGACGGCCACGAUCACCAAGCCGGAGUCGGACGAGGUCGCCGUCUCCCAGGCCAAGUGGAAGAAGAUAUAG